AUGAUCCGGGUCAUUCUGCUGACCUUCUUGGUGAGCGUCUGCGCUUUACAGGUAAGAUUGAACGGUUGUUGGUUUUACAAUAGUAAAUAUCGAUUGUAAAUAUGUUAAUAUUGUUUUGAAUGGGAGAAAAGUAGUUGUAAGGUUUAAGAUCAACUUUGCUAUAUUUUAAAGGGUAAAAACAGAGGUUCACAAACGUAACUUGUUGUCUAUUUAUUUUACAAUGCAGUAGAUUUAAAGACAAGAAGAAAGAAGAAUAUGUUGUUCAUUGUGAUACAAAAUGGUAAUAAAGGUCAUAGUCUGGCUAUAUUAUGUAUUCUUUGCUAAUCUUUUCAGUUUAAUCCUGUAUUAAGUAAUCUGUCAUAACAAAAGGAGGCAUUAUCUAACAUUUAAUAGCCCUAAAAGGCAUAUGCUUACUAUAAUAUAUCUAUAAACCUUAUAUCCUCAUUGCCAAUAUUAUUAUCUACAUUAUAGUAAUCCUUAUUGUAAACUUUUUUUGCAAACUUUGUACUCUCUUCACCGUAACAUUGUUAUUACCUAAAAACAUGUUUAAUUGUUACUUUAGUUUUAAGAAUAAAUUUAGAUAUAAUUUUGUCAAAUUACCACGUUGAAGUCAGUAAACGUAGGGAUUAGAUUUCGACAGAGUAAUUACUUUAUUUAGAAACGUGAUGUCGCUCUCGACAUCAAGGAAAAGUACGGUAAUCUGAAGGAUGACUGUUUCCCUCGUCCAGGCUCGGAAGGCUGUCGAUGCACGAUGAAGGGAGCUGACGGUGUAGAAGAAACCAAACUGUUCGAACAAAAGUCUGAUUGUGUCAAGCCUAUUGUUGGUGAGUUUACUUUGUUCUUUAUAGAGAAGUAUUGUAGAAUAAGGAUGUUUAUAUGGUAAGGUUACAAACAAAGUAGGUUAGAUUAAGUGAUACCCGUCCAAACCAUAAAACACAUAUCAUACCUAAACCACAUGAAAUUCGAAAAAGUAAAUCAAAUCUGACAGUUAAAACAAUUUGUAACCGCCCUAGCUUCCGGAAUUAACAUCUGCGUCAAAACUUAAUUUACUCUUAAUACCUACUCUAUCACUCUGCCCACUAACAACGUUACUUUAAUACGUUUACAGUUCAAACAGCAGAAAACAAGGCCAAAUUAAACGAGGAAUUUAAUAAGAAAUUCGGCGGCCUUAGGGAGGGAUGCUUCCCCCGCCCAGGCAAAGGCUGCAGAUGCACUGUGAAGGAUGCUCAAGGCGAAGAAGUCACCAAGAACUACGACACCCACGACGAAUGCACCGGACCCUCGGCCGAAGCUAAGGAGAACAAAGCCAAACUGAACGAGGAGUUCAACAAGAAGUACGGUGGAAAUAAAGAAAACUGCUUCCCACGCCCGGGCAAAGGUUGUCGCUGUGUGGAGAAGGACGCCUCUGGCAACGAACAGACCAAGUUGUAUGAUAACGAUGCAGAUUGCAAGGUGGAGGUCAACGUAAGUCAACUUAAUCCCAUUAUUUACUUUUUUACGCUUCCUUAAUACAAUAUCAUGACUAUAAAAAUCACUUUUUAGACCCGCCAAAAGCGUGAGCCCCAACGUGAACGUUCCCAAAGCCCCAGCCAAAACGUUCGUGACCCAGUUCGCGAAAAAGCUCAGGCCAAUUAUCAAGCCGUAGUCAACGAGCUGAAGGAGAAGUUCAGAGGUCUGAAGGAGGGAUGUUAUCCACGCCCCAAGGGAUGUCUCUGUGUUGUAGGUAACGACAAGGACGGCCACCAGAUCACGGAACGUCGGAUGAAGGAGUCUGACUGUAAAUGUCAGCCUGGAGAACGGGGACCAAGUUGUCCAGCUGAUGGUGCUUAG